GAUUCGGCACUGUCUCAGUCACCGUGAGAGAAUAAUCGUCUGAUAGACGCCCAUGCUAAUAUAUAUAGACAUAGUUCAAUCUACUCAGAGGAGAUAUAAACGGAACGCACUUGAAUUCUCCUCAACUUUGAUCCCUCGUGCUUCAUCCAUCCCAGCCUCCGUCCUCGCGAAGUUUGAACUGGUUUUUAUCUUCAUCGAGUUGCAGGACGUGGACAAGGCUAUAUUCUCGGAAGCGAACCUUGUAAUGUCUCCGAGGUUGAUUGGCAUCUGCAAGGUGGUCAAGAUGGCACUCAACUAUGUUAAUCGCCGUAUUCACCUGAGCUUUGAUGUUGACGCGCUCGACCCAAGUGUUGCAUCUAACCCGGGCAGUAAGCAUUUUGGUUUUGAUUCUUAUUCUUGAUAGUCAGUGCUGCAUUGGGUGGGAUAGAGUCAGUCAUAUGUUUGCACGCUUUUGAUGACGUAGUGCGCGCCGAAAUACCUUCUGAUGGAGGCGGGCACAGCACACUGACUUACGCAGAUACUUUAUACAUCGUUUAUUUCGUUCCAUUGGGACUUGGAACUACAAAGACUUCGAUUUGUUGUAGGAAUGUCCAAGUCCGCGAUGGGUAGACGAUGUCUUCCUACGCCAA